GCCGCGUUGAGAGGUUGUUCAACAUGGUGUGGUGUAAUUCUCAGUUUUGCUUCUUGGUACUGAGGACUUUGGCCUGUUUUGUAGCAGUUUCCUAUGGAAGUAUUAGAGAUGGGAGCACAUUUAGGUUAACAAAUGAAGAGACCGAUCCGACGGAAUUCGAAACCAAAUUUAGAAGAGACUUCCUUCGUGACGCAAAUGAGCCCAGAUCUCCGACUGGCGUCGUAACUGGAAACGGCUCUCUUGCCUUUGAUUCAGACGGUCGGGAGUCUAACCAAACAACAGGCAUGGCUUCUCGGCACCUGUUGAUGAAUGCUAAACUAAAACGCAUGGGACCUUCGGUGCAGUGCGCUGAUGAUGCUAUGACCUUGCGGGUGAAGGGAGGGAAGACUCCUCAUUUUCUGGUUGACAAUGGUGACGGGACUCUCAUUCCCGUGACUCGGAUGCCUUCUCAGUGUGGAUUCUCUGUGAGAAGGUCACGCAGAGAUGUGCUUUUUGUAGCUCCAUACCAAGGCUGCCAUGUUACUCAACGGGGUGGAGAUCAUGUACUGCAUUUAAAGCUGUGGGGGGAAUCCAUGACAAUGUCUUGUCCUCUUGCACCUCCUCGCCCUUCAGUCUCCUGCCUCAGAAACGGCAUGGUGUUGAAUAUGGGUAACAUUGCAGCAGAUGCACUCUCUGUAAAAGUCUCUAACGUAUGGGAGCCCCUGCUGUCAUCCAGACAACUUUGUGGAUUUUCUGUGGCAUCACAUUCUAGCAGAUUGAUGAUCAGGGCUCCUUACAAAGAACCCUGCGUCAAGAUGGAGGAUCAGGUGCAUGUUCUUGUCCUGCUGAUGAAUGGCCAACAGUUUGCAGUAUCCUGCCCAUCUCCACCUGCUGCUCCGGCAACAACUGAUCCCCUGACACCAGACAAUCUUCCUUACCCUCAGUUUCCAGGGCUGCUGGGCUCCCCCGGGUCCCCCCAGUAUCCAGGGCUGCCGGGCUCCCCCGGGGCUGCCAGGUUCCCCCCAGUUCCCAGGGCUGCCGGGUUCCCCCGGGACCCCUCAGUUUCCAGGUUCCCCUGGGUUCCCACAGUUACCAGGACUGCCAGGUUCCCCUGA